UACACGUAUUCUACGUGUUAAAAUUGACAUGUUUUUGACCUUCUUGGAGUUCCAUGGUACACUGCUUACGUUGCGUACGCGUUACGUAUGCGUCGCAACGCGUGAAGUACAUUGUGGCCCUUAUUGUGCCGAAAUAUGGCGGCGCCCUCUAGUGACUCCCUGCUACAUUCACCGUGUGUGAUUCGGGUAGCAUCUGCGGUGGGUGGUGGCGCACUGCUGCCAAAAUCAUUGAGAAAUGACACCGCGAUAAAAAAAAAUGACGGAAUACUUAAGCCGUUAAAGGGUGGUAUACUUCAGAGGAAAACGUUGACAGGUGUGUCACCCAUUUUGGGCAGCGGUGGUUCCAUGUAACCUCGAAGUGGAUGUGCCUCUUCUUCAUUCUCCAUGGAAUAAUCCUGGACUGGAUAGAGAAACGUCAAUAUGUGGCGAUUACUGGAAGUCCUUGAAGGAAGAGCGGCUUUACAGUGAUUUAUCUUAAGAUAAUGAUCAGUACCUUCUCAAAUCGUCAUUACUUAGUCCAGAUUUAUUCCAUCAGAGCAUGGAUGGGAUCCCAAACAUCACAUCCAUACUAUGGAACCAAAACGUGAAUGGCAGACAAUCCUUUAAAAUUAUAUUACCAACGUGCAUUCAUAAUGAAAGUAAAUGGCACAGGCAAAACGGUGAUCUUUCAACAGCCCAGUGCAAAUUCCUGAGCUUCACCCGAGGUCUCUGGUGACCAGCUUAGGUCAGUGACAUCCGUAAGCCUUGGCUCCAUGCUGACAGGAUACGUCCUACACGAAGGACACAAACUAAAAGAAUACAGCUGUAUCAAUAAACUUACGGUUAAAGUUUGGCUCUUCCCACACCACGGACCAAUAGGCUACUUGUGCGCAAAGAAAAGUAUAUAGCAAUGCCAAUCUACACAACUGAGAUUAAGGUGAAAAGGUUUGCAUAUGUUCAAAAGAACGUUUCGAAUUGAUUUAAUUUAGCUGGGAAAUGAACGGGACUGGAAAAAACCAAAGACACAAUACUUAUACCGUCGGUGCGUUUCAUGCAAAACCCUCUUUUAAAUGACUGACGGAGUGUAUUUGAUAGCGCAAACGGUGAAACGAGCAUCCAGACCCCCCAGCUCCAGUGCCAGCUGCAGCCUUAACAAGCGAGCCUGUAGGAAGGUAGAGGGUUAAUGUAGAGACGGGGAAACCUGAUGCUAAUUAAGUCCCUGGAAUGCCACAUCCUGACGUUCCCGUCCGGAAUCAUCCAGGCUGGGUCAGAAGCCCUGGAUACGGCUGCGAGCGGCGGGACAUGGACACGUCCCGUUAUCUGAAUCCUUACUGACGUCCGCGGGACUCACGAAUUGUAACCCAAAGGCUCAAGGAGGAAACACCUUCAAAAUGACAACAUUAAAAAUCUGGCUUUUGCUCUUUUGCUGGACCGCUUUAACAUUUGCCAACGUGAGAAGCUUUGAUGAAACAUGCAGAGGAACGCACUGCUUCGGCGCGGGGACCGCGGACCAGAAGCCCUGCUCCGGGACCCAUUGCUCGGGGCGACUUGUCAGACCCAUUCGGCAGUUCCCGGCAGGGACGCAGGGCUGGUCAGCACACAUCGCUCCCAGCCACCACAGCGGCCAUCCGAGCAGCCAUACCAGGGUGCAUUCAGAGCCGUUUACGAUCGUAAAUCCUCAUCGUGGAGCCGGAGAUAUGGGCAAGCAGGGCGCCCGGGGAAGACCCACCGACGGAUUGGGUGCGGGUUGUGACGGGGCGGACUGCGCCACAUCGCACCGACAAGGGAGCAACAUCACAACGGAUUGCAGGGGGAUUGAGUGCAAACUGCCGCUCAGGAUACGGCCGAAGCCCAGAACACGACCGUGCGCAGGAGAGGGAUGCUCCGCCAGUUCCGACCACCCAGAGAGUCAGGCUCCUCUGCUCCACGUGCCGGACAGGGCUGCCCAGUUCUUGGGGGAGAUUCCAGACUUCGGAUACCCAGCGUCGGAUCUUGGCGGUGCCCCCCUCGGAGUUCAGCUUACGUGCGACAUUAAGCCAGGUGAGAAUGAGGUGCCCUCAGAGGAUGCCCUGGUCCUGCAGCUGCAGCUAGCUAAGGGGCAGGAGCAGUUGGUUGAGGCACUGCGGAGCCAGACCACUGCGAUCCGGGAGCUGCAGCAGCGGCUGGCGGAGCAGCAGAGCGCCCUGAUUGGCCAGCAGCGUGAGAUCCUGCAGCAGCAGCAGGAGAUGCUGGAGCAGCUGGCAGCGGUCAAGGUGCAAUAUGGGACGCUGACUGAGAUGCUGAAGCAGGUGUCGCCGCAGGGUCUCCAAGGCGACAUCCAGAGCUACUUCGAGAGCCACCUGCAGAAGUCCUAUGCUGUGCACAAGGUGGACGUGGACGCCAAGGUGAUGGAUAUCGGGUCCCUACCAUCAGCACCGCAGCACUGCGGAGCCUGCGAGCCCGAGGAGUACUGCGAUUUUCAGAGGGAGCCCCCCCAGUGCGCGAGGUGCACCAUGUGCCCUCCUGGCUUCUUCCUGGUGUCGCAAUGUUCGCUGAACGCUGACCGCAUUUGCCAGGACAGAGAUGAAUGCCUUGAAUUACCAAACCUCUGUGGCGAACGAGUCAAAUGCCUCAACACUCCAGGUGGAUUCAGGUGCUUGGGUGUCUCUGAGAGGGAUGCCAGUGCCGGUUUAUGUGGACACGACUACUUCUACAACAUGGAGCUUCAGGAGUGCCAGGCGUGUUCUGAUUGCGACGGGGAGUCGGUAGCCUUGGCCUGCUCAUUGGUCAGCGACACUGUGUGUGGCGCACCCUCUGAGAACAGGCUGUCCCGGGCUUGGGCCGCGGCGGUCCUCCUGCCCUUGGCUAAGGAGUCUGCCGGGCACAUCUACCCCGGCAUGCAGCUCAGCAUCCAGGGGAAGGAGGAGAGCCACGGCCUGCUAUCCAACACGGACGGAAGCCUGGUGUUCCAGCAGCAUGGCCUGCUGUGGGGCGACUUUAACUUUGCCCUGAGACACAGCUGCAGGAACUUCCUCCAGGUCUCCGUACGGAUGAACAACAGUGAGGAGGGCCUGGAGCUCAGCGGGGCGCGGGUCGAGCAACCAGAAGGGAAGUACUACCAGAGCGUGAGUGUGAGCGGCACGGCAGAAGUGGAGCCGGAGCACAUGCUGUCCCUGUCCCUGAAGAGCCCCAACCAGUACUGCAACCAGAGCAAGGACGUUCACGUCUACGAGCUCAUCACACCCUUCAGCCUCUUCUGGCUGUCGCACGACACGGGUGCCGUGGCCAUGACGGCCCAGACAUCCAUGUCAGUGCAGUACCAGACAAACUACCGGCCCACCUUUAAGGUGACAUCCAUCUCGGACCCCUACAUGGUCAGUCUGUCGCAUGACGGCCGGGCUGUGAGGUUCACUGACAGAGGGGUGGUGAGGUUCGUUUUCCAGCAAGCUGUCUACUCCAUGGGACAUACCUGUGUCCGGGACGGCUUCUCAGUGGCAGCCUACCUGAACUCCAAUGGGACCAAUUCAGAGAUCACACAGGCGUUCAAGUCGGGGGUGAACUACCGGGACACAUCCGUCUCCGUGUCUGGGGCCAGUGUGGUCGAUGCUGGUGACACACUAAGCUUCGAGAUCCACUCCCCGGCACAGUGCAACGUCCGCUACUUUGGCGACAACUCCGGCAUCAGCACGAUGAGCCUCAUCUGGAUGCCCUCUGCUAACUCCGUCGCGCUGUCCGCCACUGUCUCUAAGACGGGGCUGCCACUGGGUGCCGUGCGCAACAAGGUGCUGCUUUUCCGCCAGGUGACGCCUGCAGUGGCACAGGUGCAGCUGGUGGCUUCCGGCCAGUGGGCGAGCAGAAACUUCGUCUUUCGGGAGACUGGCGUAGCCAGCAUCAGCCUCAGCCUCAAGUUGAUCCAUUCCUGCAACGUGGUGAAGCUCACGCUUCACCGGCAAGGCAGUGAUCGGCUUCAGCCGGCGCCACUGGCCCAGCAGGUGGGCGGACACAUGCCCGAGGGUACUGAGUGGACCAGCGUGGGCCUAAGGGCCUCCUUCGAGAUCCAGAAUGGCACUAUGGUCUUUGUCACGCUUGACUGUGUGCGCGGACGUGUCAACCAGAUCGCUCACGAAGGGGCCACCGAUAUCUCCAUCCUCUGGAUGGCUGCGUGAUUCACAGCAACUGGUUCCGGAAAGAUGCUGUGAAACACAUUUAUGGUCCUUGGGACCACAACAUGUGGCACAAAAUGCAUUUUUGGCGUGCAUCAUGUCACUUUCUUCAGUUUAUAUUGUCAUGUUUGUGCGACUUGUGGAUGGGUGUAGUGUUUUAUCUAAAGCUAAUGUACAAUGCACAUAUUUACUGAUGUAAUCUAAAAAAAACACUUCAGUAUUUUAUAACACUGAUACUCCAUUUUCUUUCACAAGUAAAUGUCUUUCCUAAGGGCUCUUUUCUCUAUACAUGUAGGCUGGUUGAUGACUGACCAAAAUCUGAGGACUGUUUUCAUUGCAUUCACUUCUGUGUGUUAUUUUCUAUACAAACCAAGUAUCAAUUGUACAUUAUUUUGUGUGUGCAUGUUUUAAGAAGAAAUAUGUAAAAUGUUUUCAUUCAAGAAAAUAUUUUAUUCAUGUAAUCUACUGUAAGUGUACAGUACAGUAGUUGAUUAGAAAAAUGCAUCAUAUGUAAUUCAAAUAAGCUAAUUUAAAGGCGUGAUAUUCAAUCCACACCAUUGUUUCACAGAUAAAAGACAUUUAACAAUGACUAAUGUCAGUUUAGUUUACAAAGGUUAUCUGCAGCUGGAAUGGGCAGUUACAUACAUGUUUACAUAUGUGUAGCCCUGUGGUUAGGUAUUGGCAGUUUAAUAGUGUUACCUGGUGCUAUGCUUUGCCAGUGGCAUGAGAUUUCACCCGAUACAACCUCAUGACCUUAUUUAUCAGCUUUUAUGGGACAGAAAUAAGACUGCAUCUUAUGAGACUUGAAACACAUGGUAAGUAUUUUAUGGGUAAUGUCUGGAAAUUAUUUACCUCUAUAUGUAAUUAGUGUUCAUAUCCCUUUUGCAACUAAUAAAAUUCACAUUUAUUUUGACAGAU